AUGCCAGGUGCCUUCAUCGGGACAGAUAUCGUACACAACAGUAUCUCCGCCGCAGAGGCCUACCGGAAGUUCCCUGGCUUUGCACGGAAGGUGUUUCCGACCUCGGGUAUCCCGCUGGGUAGAUGGGCCUGGCUGAGAGUCGUCAUAGGCCUUUACAACGAUAGCCUGUACGACGCAGACGCGCUGGAUCAAACGAUUCGGACUGUUUGCGGGCCAACUCGUCGGGUAUUUGGCGCAGGGACGACAUCGGUCGGGGGCCGUCGUCUCGCAAUUGUCGUUAGCCGGACAUCCGACGGCAAGCCUGUGGUCUUCCCCAAUUAUCAUGGUGUGGGGCGGAUGGGCAUCGAUUCGGGAUAUCAGGUCAUGAUGCGUCAAGAUGGGACCCAGAAUCCCUUAUUGUCGGACGUUCUCGGAUGUAGCGUGGCGGCUCCUGGGUUCUUCCACUCCAAAUUUCUCCCAGGGCUCGGCCCCUUCCAGGACGGGGGAAUCCGCGCGAAUGUCGCCGGGUCUGGCCGUCGGCCCGGACGCAUGAUCUACUCGUCUCCGUCGGAACAGGCUACAUCCCAUCGACGGCGGACUCGAACGCCUCCCCCAGCCACGCCGGCCGUAGCCUCCACGACACGGCCCCUCUUCGUCUGUGGCGGGCGUACUACUCGUCCCCGUGUAUGGACGGGACUGCAGCCUACAAGGAAGGCCUGA